CCGGAGCGUUCGCUGCGAGUCGGCUGGGUGGUAGGAGGUGUAGCUUUGUAUAGUGCACGCCAGCGUUUCCCUGCGUGGGUUUGUACGCGAGGCUGAUCCCCGGGAAAAGGUGUACCAUUGCCUUGAUCCCUCUUUGUGCUUUAGAUCCAGGAGGACGUGGCUCAGCCUCUUUCGUUGGGACUUCAUGUCUAUAUUUUUCCCCCUUCACUGCCCUGAUUAUUUGAGAUCAGUUGACAUGACUGAGGUGAUGAGCGCUCCAUCUAUGGACGAGAUUGGUUUAAGCCCCCGCAAAGAUGGCCUAUCCUAUCAGAUCUUUCCUGACCCUUCUGACUUUGAUCGCUAUUGUAAGCUGAAGGACCGUCUGCCUUCGAUUGUGGUGGAGCCAACAGAAGGGGAUGUGGAGAGUGGGGAGUUAAGAUGGCCACCAGAGGAAUUCCUUGUCCAGGAAGAAGGGGAUGAAAACUGUGAUGAAGGAAAGAAAGAGAGCAAGGAGCAAUAAAUGGCACAGAUAGAGCCUGUCUGUACUACUAAAGAUGCAGAGUCAUCUUGAAGGGAGAGAACAACUGUUCUGGAAGGUCUUUUUCUACAAAAGACAUUCAGACUUGCACCUGCAAGAUCUUAGUUUUUCAUAUUCUCUACUGAGAACUGAAGUGCUUGAUGUGACAAUCUCCAGCUGAAACUAACUAAGAAAGUUGGACAGAGGGAAGAAAUGGCUGAUUUUUUUUUUUUAAAUUACUGUUGAAUUUUGUUGAGGUUAUCUGGGGCAGCUGUGAAGUUACAGGUCGCGUUGGUGAAAGAUUAGGCAGGCAGGAAACACACUUGUUCUGAAGUGUGUGGAGAGGAAGAAAUGGCUGCAAAAUGUAAAAAUGCAGCUGCGUUUAUGUAAGGAACUGCCUCUGGUCACAAAAGCAUGAGAAUAGUAUUCAUCUCUUGAAAUUUUGCCUUCUUAUAGUGCUUAUGUUUUUGUGUGUGUGCGUGCAUGUAUGUCAGGGUCGGGAGAUAUGAUGACAUGCUCCAGUGACAUCACCAAGUGAGGCAGGUAUUCCUGCUAUUGCAGCAUAGAGGAGCAAUGGAUCAAUAAUUUUCCCAAUCCAUGAUCAUAUUCAGGACACAGGCAACCUCUGAUGGCAUCAGGGUAUUUGGCAUUGGCUUGCCUAGCCUCUUACACACACAAACUUUUUCCUUCUUUUCUCUCCCCCCCACCCCCCUUCUGCCACUUAUCCUUAAAAUAGACAUUUUGGCUGAAUAGCUUUGUGUAGGGCUGUUGACAUUACCCAGUCCUUUGCCACUUGUCCCACAAUAGCCUUGUUCAUUCUACCCAUUAUUGAAAAGUAAAGAAGUCCAGUAUGGGUGGCAGUUGGAUGGGUUUUUAAAAAGACAUAAGAGUGUUUUGACAUAAAUAAUAAUUUGCCUAUAUAUUUGCUUUUCCUGUUGCCGAAGUUGCUGUUAAAACCCUAGUCAAUUAUUCAUGUUAUUGCUGUAAAAGCCCAGUUUCUCUGUUGAAACUAACAACUAAGGUUGAUUUGAUCAUGGGCAAAAGCUCCAUCAAGAACUCAAAAAUUUAUUCGGUCUUUGACCAGUAUAGCCAUCAAGAACUCAUUUUUCAUUCUAAUAUAGAAGUCAACCUGGUCCAAUAGUUACCAAGAGCCUGAACAGAAUUUUGAAAGUAAUCUGAAUAUGGGAUAGUAUAAGUAAUUGCUUAAGGAAAGCAGGCCUUCUCUUCAAUAUAUAUAUAUAUUUUUUGAAGUGUUACUAUUGCUAAGUACUGUGGAGAAGAUAAUGUGCUUUUUGAACAUAUCUGUGGGACCUAUCAAUGGGACUAAAUUUUUCUCAAGUUCCAAAUUCCCAGGAAUGAUCUUCCUUUUCCCCUGUUUUUCCCCCUCUCAGGAGAAGGAAAACUAAUUACGUGAUAAGCUAAACUUGUAGCUUUCUAGGAAAGCACCAUCUGAUGUUUUGGUGGAAGUUCUUGCUGCGACUUCAGAGUAUGAAAGGACCACUCUGAGAAAUCCAAAGCCAAUAGUUUCCAUUUUAAUUCUGGAGACACUAAAAAU